UUCACGGCUAUGAAUGUACUAAGUCCAAACAGAAACUAUGUUUUUUAUAAUUAGAUGUCGCUAAUCACCGCUAACCCUAACCCUAUGUACUUUAAAAGGAGAGAAAUAAUAUAGGGUUUAAACAGUAUUAUAUUGUACUUUAUUAUCAUAUUUUAUUAACAGUACUACUCGGUAUUCAUCAUUGAAUACCGUAAUUCUAUAGCCUUACGGAAUUGUGUGACUAUAUUGUUAACGUUACACUAUUGUUUAAAUUAUGAUUCUUGGAUGUUGGAGCUAUGUUUGAACAGUGCUUACAGAAAAAGGGCGGGAAAAUGGGGCACUCCCAUAAGCUGUAAGACUAAGAAUCAGCCCACCACCACUCAAAUUACAAACAGGAACACCUCGACCACCAGUAUAUAAACCCCUUACCCUGCCCUGGGAGAAUACCAUCAUCGUAGGCCGCCAACAAGGAGAGCUCCUCUCGGCAUUAACCAACCAUCAUUUCCUAACCAGAACCCACGUCAGAGUAACUAAGAUGGCCGCCCGGACCAUCACCUUGGGUCUGCUUCUGUUUCUGCUGGCUGUCUCUCAGGCUCAGGAAAUAAAGGAGGGAGAGGAACAGCAAUCCAAUGUCACUGGCACAGUGGCGGUUGGGGACACCAUCCUCAUGAUGAAUAGCGGAUCUCCUGAAUUCCUUAUCGAUGGAGAUGUGUUGAUUUCCCGCAAACGGAGUGCCAUGAAAUGCUACAGCCAGUCGUUCAGCUGUCUGUGGCCCAUGUCCGAUAACGGGAAGGUGGAGAUCCCCUUCACAAUCAGUGACCAAUACACCGGUGACGAGGAGGCGGUCAUUUUGAAGGCCUUUGAGGGUUUCCACUCUGAGACCUGCAUCCGCUUCAUCCCUAGGAAAACCCAGCGGAUGUACCUCCAGUUUAAGUCCUUAUUCGGGUGCUUCUCGUCUGUGGGCCGGAUCGGGGAGCGCCAGGUGAUUUCUCUGCAGAGGAUCGGCUGCGUGAACAACGGCAUCAUCCAGCACGAGGUGAUGCAUGCCCUGGGCUUCUACCACGAGCACACUCGCAGCGACCGCGACCAGCACAUCCAGAUCAACUGGGAGAACAUCCACCCUGAUAAAUUACAUAACUUCAAGAAGAGGGACACCAACAACCUGGGCAUGCCCUACGACUACCAGUCGGUGACGCACUACGGAAGGAGAGCCUUCAGUACUGUGUGGAAGGACACCAUUACUCCCAUCCCGGAUGCCUCCGUCCGCAUCGGGAAGAGCAACGGCCUGUCCGGGAUUGACAUUCAAAAGAUCAACAAGCUGUACAAAUGCUGGUCCCCUCGCCUCUAAACCCCCUACCAACCAGAGAUUAUUUCUGAAAAGCUAUUAUAUGCAAAAUGAGAUGAUUCUAAAUUUGUUUUAAAGAAACCUCUGUCACGUAGACGCUAACAUUACCGCUACAGUGAUCUAGGUCGAUUUCUCAGACUCUGCAGCAAAAUCGUAUGAGUUUGAGCUCGCUUUUGGAGGGCAAAGAGGAGAGGCUAGCUUAAAAUCUUAAAUGUUGCAUAUCGUACCUUUCUUUCAGCUAUCAGAAAAAGUGCUAUACUGUGCACAUAUAAGUCCAUUACAUUUAAGUUUCAUAUAUCCACCAUGAAAACACUCACUAAAUAUACAUUACCCAUAUCGCCCUAUGCCAUUUUAAGCGUUUUUAUGCCAGUUGAAAGCUAGGGCUGUGAUACAAUGGAUGCCUUGUUGUAUUGUGUAUUGUGGUAUUGUUUCGUAUUGUUGUGUCGAAACGUGAAGAAUAAAGUCUCAUCAU